UAACGCCGUGCGUCGAUAGGACGAGAGCAGGCAAGAGCAGGGCGGAGAGAUCCUUGGGAGAGAGCGCGUGAGAGCAUCGGCGACUGUUUCCCCAUUGCGCGUUUCAAUUGCGAUCUGACGGAGCAGUUGCGACGCCCCUAAAUCUUCUUUACUGCCGCCGACAAUUUCGGGAAACAUGCUCCGUCUCUUCGUGCUGGUCGCGGCGCUCGCCGUGCUGAUCGACGCGAGCUUCAUAAGAAUUCCGCUACAAAAGAUACAGUCCGUUCGAAGUUCUUUGAAAGAGGUUGGCACCGAGCUGAGGCAGGUUCGUUUGGCCAUGUCAGAUGUUCCUCCAAACGGAACGGAAAUCCUACGUAAUUACAUGGACGCUCAAUAUUAUGGCGACAUCACGAUUGGUACUCCACCGCAGCCGUUCAGAGUGAUCUUCGACACCGGCUCCUCAAAUCUCUGGGUACCGUCCAAAAAAUGCAGCUGGACGAACAUGGCUUGCUUGCUACAUCAUAAAUAUGAUAGUUCAAAGUCCAGCACGUAUGUGAAAAAUGGUACUGCAUUCGCCAUUCAAUACGGAACUGGUAGUCUGGCUGGGUUCUUAUCUACCGAUGUAGUAACCGUCGCUGGUCUUUCUGUUGAGAACCAAACGUUUGCGGAAGCUGUGUUUGAACCAGGAAUGACUUUUGUUGCUGCGAAAUUCGAUGGUAUAUUGGGAAUGGCUUACGCCUCAAUAGCCGUCGAUGGCGUAACUCCCGUCUUUUAUAAUAUGGUCAAGCAAGGCUUGGUGUCGGAACCUGUUUUCAGUUUCUAUUUAAAUCGAGAUCCCUCGGCUAUUGUGGGUGGUGAAAUGAUAUUGGGUGGCUCUGAUCCCAAGUAUUAUGAAGGUAAUUUUACGUAUGUUCCUGUUACCCGCAAAGCAUACUGGCAAUUUACCAUGGAUAAGAUCGAAGUGAAAGACGACACCUUUUGCCGGCAUAGCUGUCAGGCUAUCGCCGAUACGGGUACCUCCCUGAUAGCUGGACCAACGGCAGAAGUUAAGAGUAUUAACAAAUUGAUUGGAGCUACUUCUUUUGGUUCAGAGGCAAUAGUAAACUGCAACGAGAUGUCUCAGAUGCCUACGAUCACUUUCGUCUUAGCUGGUAAGCCGUUCCCACUCACUCCUGAAGAUUAUGUUCUUAAGGUCACAGAAAUGGGUCGUACGAUUUGUAUGAGCGGCUUCAUGAGUAUGGAUACGCCUGGAUCGUUAUGGAUUUUAGGCGACGUAUUUAUUGGCCGGUACUAUACCGAAUUUGAUUUGGGAAAUAACCAGGUGGGAUUCGCCCCAGCAAAAUAAACAAUUGCCUUCUCAAUCUGAAGUUACCGUUAGCUGCUAGAAGAUCUAAAUGGUCUAAGAUCUAAAUAACUCCGCGAAUAAUUACGUAAAAUAUUUUUUAACAGUGUAGGAAAUUUGAUAACCGACACAACUGGCAAUUUUAAUUAAAGACAAUUAAUCGCGAAAAAAUAUCACCUCAGCCAGGGUACAAUAUUUUUUAAGCAUCGACUUCUCAUUAUGCUUAUUGCCUUGAAAUUUUUUACUUGUGAUCCAUGCGUUGUUACGUUGUAAACAAAUAUGUAUGUGAUACUUUAGAAAAUUAGAACGAAAAUAUGCGAUAUUGUUUCCACAAUGUGGUGUACCUCUCCAUUCUGUAUAGAAUUGUACUGUUGCAAGGUAUAUAUAUUGAAUACAAUUAAGUCUAUUAUAAUAAAAUAAGUAUUCUUUCCA